AUGCAGCAGAUGACAUCGGAGCUGCUGCGCGCCACGUCGGAGCAGAACGGCCAGCUGGUCAAUGCCGUCCACUCGGCGGGCCGCGAGAUGCUGCGCAACAACAUCGAGGCCCACGCCGACGAGCUCAAACGCAUGCUCUCGCGCGAGGUCGCCGGCAUGUUUGAAGACGUCGGCAAGAUCCGCGAGGCCAAGCGCCACCUCGAGCACGAGAUUGCCGACCUGUUCAGCAUCAAGUCCCGC